AUGUCCUCAUCCAGCCAGUCUAACGAUGAAGCGCAAAACUCACGCCAAACGCCUCAACAGGCCAGCCGUGCGGAAUCACGUUCGUCUUCUCGCUCUGCAUUGAAUCAUUCUAAUGCGCGAAGACACCGGGCUAGUCGUGGUGCCCCCUAUGCGCCGCCUCUGCGAGGUUCGCAAGCAAAUCCUGAUCGGACUCAAGGAUUGGCCGAUGGGCCCGCAAGGCCUGGUCAUGCACAGGAAAGCCCUGAUCAUGUCAGAAUGCAAUCAAACGAGUUUAAACAAGAUUACCUGCCCGCCGGGUAUAUGGAUAGAGACCCGGCAGCAGUAGCGAGCGUCAAUUCCGAGUUGCGUGAUAGGUUGAAACACGAGCGCGGUGCAAUGCGCAAUUUGUUGCUGAGCAUGGUUCACAGCCCUUUGGGCGAACCGUUGACACACCCAGUUCCCACCUUGACCAACUUGAUUAUUGAUAUGCAAUCUCGGAUGUUGCCUAACUCCGAGGGAGACCUUCACACCGACACUCGGGUCAGGGCGCGCAUUGCUUAUCUGAGGAUUCAGACGAUUUGUCACUAUGCCCGUUGGGUGCCGGGGGAUAUUAAUCGGCAGUGGGCUUUAAUUGACAAGCAACUACAGGAGCUCCGAGGACGUUUUUUCAAGCUCAUACUUGAGCUGGAUUCAAGCUCAUUCAGAGACCAAUUCUUCUCUUGGCUUGACGUGGAGAAUAUCCGGCCCCCCACCGACCUCGAGGUGAUGGCCAAGAUGGCAAUCAUUGCAGAAGAAAACGCGACCCAACCUUUGCCAACGGCCAGCACCGGAUCCCAUUGA